AUGGCGUUUCUCUUCGUAGACAGUUUACCACACAAGAAUAAAAAAUUUUGUAUGGCGGUUAAGGCCUUGGAGGUUCUGCUUUUAUCAGCAGGACUUAUUUCAACUCUGCUGAUGGUUAGAGGAUCCUUGAUGCCUUAUUCGUGUGAAAUGGUUGUUUCGAGUCUAGUGGGAUUUUGGAAGUCCUGCAAAUGCUUCUUGUCUUCUCCUCUCUACAUAGGUAUAAUCAUCAACUUCAUGGUUUUGUUGAUAGCAGCUACUUCCAGUCUGCAACGGCACGAAACUGACAAUCAUGAUGGUGUUGUUGAUGUUGAUGAGGAUAUGCAAAUUGAUAAAUCUCCCUUGGUGUCACCAGCACCAGCACCACCACCACAGCGUAAGAACCAGAACCAGCCUCAGGAUUUGACCGAAAUAGUAGCGACACCACCAACAACAGAAGCGAAGACGACUUUAUACCAAGGGGAUCAUAAUCCUCCACAAAUUUGGCAAGAUUUUAUAGAUCAAAUUUGUGUUGAUAAAAAAGUUGAGGGAUUUUCAUUGGAUUCAUUUACUGAUGAAGUUUUAGCUGAAACAAUAGAGAGAGCCAUGAAAGAGGAGAAAGAGGUAAAGUUAGAGAAUAAUGAAGAAGAAGAUACAAUGGAGGCAACAUGGACGGCAAUAACUGGUGGAGGAAAACAGGAGGCUAAAAAGAAGCAACUGAAGAAGAGUGAAACGUGGAACUUGGCACCACCAAGGAGGGCGGUGCAAAGCCUCGACUCCGAGGAAUUGUUGCCAUCAAUUCCAGCAUCAUGGAAAGAGCUAAGGAAAUCAGAGACAUUUAACGAUGCGGUUUCAAUAAGGCAAAGAGGUGGUCUAAGGAGGGAUCCUUCAAUGAGUGUGGAUGAAAUCAACAACCAAUUUGAGGCCUUCAUCAAGAAAGUUUAUGCCAGUAUACGGUUACAGAGGCAAGAAUCUGAUCAGAGAUUCAGAGAUAUGAUCAAUCGAGGAUUGUAG